GGGGCUCAACAGGCGGAACAGAUAAAACAGGUAUGAGUGAGUGUCCUGAGCUGGAGUCACGGCUGCCAUUCUCUCCACCGUCUCUGUUGCACUUGCUCCAGAACCACAACCAGAACCACAGGACUGACAAAUAACAUGAGGUGUCACAGAUUUAAAUGUCUGUUGGCCUUCGUGUGUUUCGUGUCGGUUACUUGGAUUAAAUCAGUUCACCGUGACGCAGUGCCACCAGUCAUGCAGACCCUGUAUGAGCGUCUGCUGGCGGCUGAAGAGCGGGGAGUGGAGGUCAACAGGAACCUGAGCAGCAUCCUCGAGCAGCUGAGGAAUCUGUCCAAAGCAGAAACAUUAAACUCUACCAAGCAGCCGACAGGUGAUCCUGGUCAGCAGAUUCACCUGCAGCCUAACAUUUACUUUUACAUGCCUCACCUCAGACGACACUCAGACAGCCUCGUACCCAACGUUGUCCUGGGGCAGGGACGUCGUGGAGUGUCCAUGGUGCUGGGCGUUCCUACAGUGAAGCGUACUAAGCAGAGCUACCUGGUCAGCACACUCCAAUCUCUGCUCUUCAACCUGUCUCCCUCUCAACGUCAAGAUCUCCUCAUUAUUGUGUUUGUGGCCGAGGUGGACUCUGACUAUGUGAACAGCAUAGCACAGGCCGUCAGCAAAAAUUUCCCCACAGACGUGCAGUCGGGUUUACUGGAGGUCGUCUCGCCUUCACAGUUUUACUAUCCUGACUUCAGCAACCUCACAGAAACCUUAGGAGACUCCAAAGAAAGAGUCAAAUGGAGAACAAAGCAGAAUCUGGACUUCAGCUUCCUCAUGCUGUACGCUAAGGACAAAGGAACCUAUUAUGUUCAGUUGGAGGAUGAUGUCGUUGCUAAGGAAGGUUACUACGACGCCAUGAAGACCUUUGCCGACCAGGAGGCAUCAAAGCCAUGGAUCUACCUCGAGUUCUCCCAGCUUGGAUUCAUAGGGAAGAUGUUUCGGACUCGCGACCUCGCCAUGAUUACAGACUUUUUCCUGAUGUUCCAUAGAGACAAACCUAUUGACUGGCUGCUGGAUCACAUUCUGUGGGUGAAGGUUUGCAACCCAGAGAAAGACGCGAAACACUGUGCUACACAGAAGGCGUCGCUCAAGCAGAGGUACAAGCCAUCGCUCUUCCAGCAUGUGGGUCUUCACUCGUCACUCCCUGGCAAACUGCAGCCCCUGAAGGAUAAGGACUUUGGGAAGCAGACUCUUUACUUUCCUCACAUUAACCCGCCUGCAGCACUGAACAGCAGCCUGCAGCACUACCAGCAGCACAGUCUGCAGAGAGCUUACAGAGGAGAGGACUUCUUCUGGGCUUUAACUCCAGUCAAGGGUGAUUACAUCAUUAUCCAGUUCCCUCAACCAAUCCACAUAACUGGGUUCCUGUUUCGCAGUGGAAACACUGAGAACUUUGGAGAUAAAAUGAAUAACACCACAGUGGAAGUGUUGCCCAGCAACGGAUCAACACAAGACGAAGAGUCUGAGCGCUACACACGUGUUGGUGAGUUUGUGGACGGCGUUGCCGCGGGAACGAUCGAGGACACGCUGCAGCCAGUGUCAGCUCUGCGUCUCGUUGUUCACUCAAACUCUGAUGUAUGGACUGUGAUGAGUGAGAUAUACAUUAAAGUGUGACCUCUGACCUCAGACGGAGGACGUGAGCACCAACAGCUGAACAAACUGCGCCCCUGCUGGUCACAGACUGUCACUGCAGACGCUCUCUGUGAUCUGAGCUGAGCUAAAGUCACAUACUGUCACUUUAAACAUGAAGAAAGGGAAGUGAGCACUGAGAUGCUGCACUCAUCAUUUAUUUAUACACCGAUGUUUUUAUUUUUUAAAAAUGAUCACCUAAUAAAUGUCCACCCAUGUUAACUGUA